GUUAAUAUACAAAUACACAUGUUCUUCGGAAAAAAUUAAAAUUAAAGAAUUAAUUAGUUUAACCGAGUUCUAGCUUCAUUAUUAUCAUGGAGAAUUUACAUUUGAAAGAGUUUUCACCGGAUCAGAAGCUUUUUGCUGUCAUACAAAGUGAUGGAGUGCUGAAAAUCUAUGAUACCGAAACUAGUAAAUUGAAGCAAGAAUAUAUUCCUAAUUUACAUCUUUCUACGCCCUGUACAGCUCUAAAAUGGAUCAAAAUGGAACUCAAGAAGAAGAGAAAAUCAGAAUUAAGCAGUGGCACAUUGUACAUACUUUUGGGAACAAACAAAGGCGAUCUGUGUCUUUAUUCUUAUGCGACAGCCAAGAUUGAAGCGACAUUUAAAGGCGAAGGACAUUCAAAAUCAAUUACAUCCAUAGAUCAUAACGGAUCAGACACGAUUUACACGACAGGAUUAGAUUCUCAAGUGAUAAAAUGGAAUAUCGCAAAAUGUCGGCAGGAAUCGUCAUUUGACAUUGGACCUGACAAGCCAACAGCAAUUUGUGUAUUAGAAAAUGAACAGCAAGUUGCCACAGCAUCAAAAACUAUUAAAAUCUGGGAUUUAGAAACAAAUCAAUUGGUAAAAGCAUUCACUGGACAUUCAUCAGAUGUUAUUAUCCUUAAAUCCUUUACACAUGAUGACAUAAGUUAUAUCGUUAGUGCCUCAAAGAACGAUCGAAAUUUGUCAUUAUGGAAAGUUGAUGACAGUAAAUCUGCAGUUUUUGGGACAUUUACGUUAUUAAACAAUGCACCAAACUUUAUUGACUGUAAAAUGUUCAAUGAACAACUUCGUAUUGCUUGUAUCUGCCGAAAUGAGUCAUUGUCAUACUUUGAUGUGCCACUCAAGAGCAUUAAAAGCAAAAAGCCAGUAAAAGUGAAAUUCACAGUCGAAAUCGCAUCAGAUAAUGCUAAAAAUGUCACUCAUAUUCCAAUUAUCUGUGCAUCAAUCCUGUCUUUUGAUCUAAUGAUUGGAUAUGGCGAUAUGAUAAUGAAGUUUGAGACAAUUCCAAACAGUCAAGAGACAACAAAUACAGUUUUGGUGAGGAAAGAUCCAACAAAAUUGGAUGUGAGUAAGGCGCAAAAGAAGGAUAUAGCUUUAAAUGAAGCUUUGAACAUUGUUACACCAAUAGCUGAUGAAAAUGCUGAAGUUUUGAACAUUAUUAGUGCUAAAAAGAAGACACAAAAGCCAACAGAAAUACCUCUUGGUGUUCGAUUUGAUAAUCUUACAGUAGGAACAAGUAAGAAGCCAAAUGCAAAGAAAUUAACCCACCAAUUAGUGCAAGGAUUACACGGAAAUGAUGCAACUAUCCUCAGAAAUGUCUUACGUCAAACAGAUGAGGAGACUGUAAGGCUUACGGUUAAAUAUCUGGAACCAAAAUAUGUUAUGCCAUUUGUAAAUGAAUUAUCAUUGUUAAUGUCGAAGAAAACAGCUGGAUCUGAAAUGGCAUUAACUUGGCUCCGACAUUUAAUUCAAACACAUUCAAGCAGUUUGAUGAGCUAUGGGCAUAUCAAUUUAAUGAACACAUUUGGAACGACUCUUGGCAUUAUCGAUCAUAGAACACAAAAUUUGUCUGGACUUAUGCGAUUGAGAGGAAGAUUAGACUUGCUUGUUGGACAAUUGAAGCAAACUAGCGAUUUUGAUGAUGAAGUUCAUAAUGAGAAUGUCCUUGUUUAUGAGGAUUCUGACGACGAAUCAAACAAGAUGGAUGCUAAAAGUGUAAGCUCAAAUGAGGAUAUCUACGAUGGAUUUGAAGACGACGAUGAUGAUGAUGAUGAAGGAAUUAGAGAUAUAAUCAGAAAUGGCAAGCACAGCAUCAGUCUAAAUGAUUCAGAAGGUCUUACAAAUGACGAGGAUUACGAAGAGAUGGACAUUUCAUAAAUCUAUUGAAUUGAUUAACCUUUUAUGUUAAAUUGAAAUAAAAUAAACUUGAAAUACAUAUUUCAAAUAUAAAUCAUAGAUUUAUUAAAAAUAGAAUUCAAC